ACAGUAGUCCCGUGUAUAUUGAAAUGAAAAGAAAUGAUCGACCCUAUGGACCGGCCUUUUAUUUCUGUUAUUUUGUUAAUAUAGUCCCGUGCGAAGACCAAUCGCGAGCUUGUAUUGUUUUGAAAAUUGUCAGAAGAAAAGAAAAAAAUACACACGAAAAAACUUUGAAAAAAACCCAAUGAAAUCGGGCAAGUAUAUAAAUCGUGUAACCAGGUCCAAAUCGAGAUUCAGUUGAGUGUUUGAUCGCGACACGAGUAAACAAACGAAAGACAACCGAAGAGAAAGAAUUUUUCUUGGCCAAAAUGACCAAAAUUGCCUAUAUUCGUGCUACAAAUCGACAAUAUCAACAGCAACAACAACAACAACAACAAUCAAUAUCAAUGAAUCAAUCGAUAUUGAAACCAACAAUACCAUCAAUGAUGCAACAACCAAGACCAUCAUUUCCAAAUCCACAAACAACACGAAUGAUUAUGAUGAAUAAUCAGAAUAAUCCUCUGCCACCAAGACCAAUGAUAAUGACACCAACAACAAGAUUUAAUUCAAAUCCAAACAUUCUAUUAGGAUUAGAUCAACAACAACAAAAUGGACAACGUAUAUCGAAACCAUUAAUGGAAAAAAGACGUCGUGCACGUAUAAAUCAAUGUUUAACACAAUUAAAAUUAAUUGUUGUCGAUUCAGCUGGUCAAUAUACACAGAAUAAUAAAUGUAAAUUGGAAAAAGCUGAUAUUUUAGAAUUGACUGUAAAUUAUGUUAAAAAAUUACAUCAAGAACAUCAACAACAACAACAAGAAAAGUCAACAAAAAUCAAUGAUAACGAUUAUCUAUCCGGUUAUUCGGAAUGUGUACGACAAAUAUGUGAAUAUUUAACUAAAAAUCAAACACAAAUAUCAUAUGAUACGUUGAAAGAUUUUCUACAACAAUCAUUAUCGAUUACAUAUCAACAACAUAAACAUCAUGAUCAACAAACGGCAACAACGUUCGUAACACCACCAUCACCCGCUCCAUCAUCCGAAUCAAAUCAUGGAUGUUCACCGACCACAGCGGCAGCAGCAACAACAACAAGAAUCAAAAUCGAAUCAAAUUCUGAAUCAAUAAAAUCCUCAUCGAUAAUAACGAAUAAUUGCCGUAAACGUAAACGAAUUAAUGAAUCAGAUACUGAUGAUAAUAAUACUGAUAAUGACGAAGAUUACUAUUAUGAUUAUGAUGAUGAUGAUGUUAUCGAUGAUAAUGAUGAUGAUGAUUUUGGUUAUGGAUCGGAUCAUCAGCAACAAGAAAAUUAUCCAUUAAAUUUGAAAAUUGUUAAACUUGAUAAUCCGCAACCGAAACAACAGCAUGGUUAUUUUGAUGAUAAUGAUGAUGUAUGGCGUCCAUGGUGAACCAUAAAAAUUCAAUCGAUUUUUGAUCGAUUUUUGUAAAUA